UUCUUGGUAAUAACUGCCUGACCCGUAUCUUCCAGAUAAUCGUUAUGUACCUUCAGGUGUUGGAGUGUGAGCGUAACCAACACCUGGUCCAGACGUCAUGGGUAGCCUCUGAGGGUAAGUGACUAAGACUUCUCCUCUGCUGCCCAAGUGCUUUGGUGCAGGGACAGCGGCCGUCUUCAGCUCUCCACAGAAGGCUGCUCUAGACAGGUGGUAUGCGUCCGGUAGCGUGGCGCUGGCCGACUGGCGCGGUGGUUCUGGCGAUCAUGCUGUUUGUUAACCCCGUCCUGCUUUGAUCAUUGUACCGAUCAGACCAAUAACUGUCUUGACUUGAGUUUUGUCCCUUUAAAACUGUUCCUGUACAAGAAAGAUGCAAUACCUUUUCCUUAAACAAAAAAAAUUCCAUGGAAAGCUGUAAGAAUUGAGGUGUCCAGUUGGCCUCUGGGUAUUCAGACUGGCAGUAUGGGAUUAUGUCAUUACUUCCCAAAGUCCUAAAGUUGCCCUUUGUAGCAGCCAAGUGUUGAAAUAUUCUGGUAAAAGGUGUGCAUCUUUAAAUUGUUUCAUGGGCACUGUUUAUAUUGUAACUUAUUACAAAUAUAGCAGUAAGUUUAAAUAUCUGUUUUGAGGACUUCAUUUAUUUUGUUUUUAGGACUUAAAUGUUAAAGAAUCACUAUCACUCUUCUCUUUGAAUACUUAAACAUUUUAUUAGAACCAAGACAGUGUCUACUGCGGGCUCUGUACAUAAACAUGUGAUCUGUUCAACUGCAAAGUAGUUUCCAAAAGUAGGAUGGUGCUGUCUUCACAGCAGCUUUUUCAUGACUGUCUCACAAUGCCUAGAGCGAGAACUUUGAGAACCAGAUGCUGAUACAGGCAUCUGUAGCAUUUGUGGUCUAGAAAUGUCUGAGUGGGUCUGUACAUUACUGUCUGCAGGGUUUAGGGAGGGGGCGUAAAGUAAAAUAAUGGUUUCUCGCUGUGGGUAGGGGCAGUAAAUGUAUUGCUUAUUCAGCUGUUCCCUCAUGGAAUUAAUUGUUUUUGUAAUAUUGAAAAACCUAAUAUCUGAUUGUAGUCUAUUAAGUCUUAGAGAAAUGCAGCUUAAGGACAAUGUUGAAAAUGUGGCCAGUUUUAAAAAGCGUUAACUUUUUUAAAGAUGCACAUGUUUUGUAUUUUUGUAUCUUUUAAAGUAUGGACAAGUUUUUUAAAUGUACUGAUGUGAUGAAACUCUUAGUAUUUUGUUGCUUUUGUCUGAUCUUAUGAAUGUUCAUUUUAAGACUCCUUGUUGAAAUGGGACAAUUUGGAAACGGUUCUUUGCUAAGCCUGAGAAGAGGACGUCCUUUGGGUGUAGAGCUCUCUUCUGCAUGACAUCCCCAUGCACCCGAAUCGCACCCAGGGCCGUUUUGCCCUCUACGUGGACUCCCUUCUGGAAGCACUCGGCUGCCAAGAGGAGGAGGGACAGGCUGUGAGCGCCCCACGGAGAAGAGGAACCGAGAGGAGGGCUUGUCUCCACAAGCCGUGUGGGCCUCGUGCUCACCCAGCUGUUUGAGUUUGCAUGCUUCUGUGCGCUAUGGAUUUUGAGCAUUUAGAUUGUUUUCAUCAAAUACAUUUUAACCACUACGGUAGACAUUUUCUUUCUGAGGCAUUGUGCUUUGCAUGAGAGCAGACUGAGAGUGAGGGGGAAAAGUAAAGUUAAAAUUGGUUCUCUCAUAUCAUAGCAAUAUGUAUUGUCUGACAUUCAGCCAGCUUUUUUUUCUUUUUCUUUUUUUCUUUUUUUUAAUUUCCCUGUCUUCCUGUCAGAAAAAGCAGCUAGAAUGAUUCUCCAUUAACUCCUGAGAUUCACGGGCCUGUCUAGCUCUGAGUCCUGGCAUUAGACCACUUAGAGGCGUAGUGACUUUAUCUAGGCGGAGCAGGCGGAGACCCUGGGUUGUGAGGCGUGCUGCAAUUCUUCCUGCGUUUGGUUUUCAGGAAUUACAUGAACGACAGCCUCCGCACCGAUGUGUUUGUGAGGUUCCAGCCUGAGAGCAUCGCCUGCGCCUGCAUUUACCUCGCCGCCCGGACGCUGGAGAUUCCUUUGCCCAAUCGUCCCCACUGGUUUCUUUUGUUUGGAGCAACUGAAGAAGAAAUCCAAGAAAUCUGCCUAAAAAUCCUGCAGCUUUAUACCCGGAAAAAGGUUGACCUGACACACCUGGAGAGUGAAGUUGAGAAGAGGAAGCGGGCCACGGAGGGGGCACGGGCCCAGGCACGGGGCUUGCUGCCAGGUGGCCUGCAGGGCCCAGACGGCACGUCAGGGUUCUCGCCCACCCCCAAGCCAGAAUCCCCCAAAGAAAGUAAAGGAAAUAAGCCUUCUCCACUCUCUGUGAAGAAUGCCAAAAGGAAGACGGAGGGCACAAAGAAAGCCAAGGCUGACAGCCCCGUGAAUGGCUUGCCAAAGGCAGGAGAGAGCCGGAGCCGGAGUCGGAGCCGUGAGCAGAGCUACUCAAGGUCCCAUUCGCGAUCCGCCUCUCCCAAGAGGAGGAAAAGCGAAAGUGGCUCGACGUCCAGCGGGUCCAAGUCCCAGAGCCGCUCGCGGAGCCGUAGUGACUCCCCUCCGAGACAGGUGCACCCUGGCGCUGCCCACAACGGCCCCAAGGUGAGGGGCUACCGGAAGGCCAAGGACUGCAAGUACACUGCCACCCAGAAGCCACCCAAGUCUCGGAGCCGGAGCUCAUCCCGCUCACGGAGCCACUCCCGGGAACGGGCCGACAGCUCUGGAAAAUACAAAAAGAAGAGCCGCUCCUGCAGAGACCAGCGGCGGGAGCGCUCACGCUCCUGCGAGCGGACCGCCCAUCGCUACGAGCGGGACCACCCCGGGCACCGCCGGCACCGCCGGUGAGGCCUGGUGCUGGUGCUGGCCCUUCUCCACCUCUGUGGACCUUGGGAUGAAUUUGGAGGUGAGGUUGGGGGGCCGGCGUGGUGCCCUGAACACCCAUCCCAGCCCCAGCGGGUCUGCAGCCCGGCUGAGGCCCACCCCCCAUGAGUGUGGCCCCGCUCAACCUGGCCCCACCCAGGGCGCUGGCUCCCGUGGCUGCUGUGUGGUGCUAACGGCAGGCCGUCCCCUCUCCCCCCUGGACUGAUGCGCAAUUACGUGAAACCAAGGUGAUUUGUAGAGCCUUUGCCUAUAUUAGGUCGUACUUAUGUACAUACUUUGCGAUGUUCAACCAGAUGAGAAAAUGGCCUUAACAGCCCCUCGUUCUCUGUCCAUGUUGUAAAUAAAUGUGUUUAAUACAAGGUAAAGCUAUAUAUCAACAUUUCACAACUUGAACUCUUGUCAGCUUAAAACUUGUGUAGAGAAUUCUGAUUUUUAAAAUGUGAAGGUAUUUAGAUCUGUGUUGAAAGUCGUAUAUUUUUAUGUGUGCAAUGCUGAGUGCAGGUCACCAGCUCCUAACAGAGAAGUUUCCUAUAUAUGCAUUUUAUGUGGUUUAAAUAAACUCAGUUCUCUCUACUCAGGACAUUUGGAAUGCUAA